UGCACACCCCACAACAUCAGAAUACUCCAUCAUCUUCCUCACUAAACAUUGUUAUUGUUCUUUCAAGCAACAAACACAAGUCCACAACGCAACAACAUGGCGUCUGAACAAUUGGUUCGCAGAGAAAACACCACCACCACGGACGACAAAGUCCGGGUUCCCAAGAUGGCCACCCGCUUUGAAAACCUUACCGGUGGGAAUGACACUCCACAGGGUAGCAUGGAAGCGUUACAAGGUGGAGAGCUUAACAAAGAGCAUGAAGGGAAAUCCAUUGGUGAUGUUGGUGGACGUGGGAAAGCGAGGGAGAGCCAUGAACUGGGUUCACACUUCGAAUCCCUCGCUGACAAAGUGACGGGUGAAGAUCACAAAGAGAGGGUAAGUGACCAUGCAUCGAAUGUAGCUGGAAACAAAGAGGGUGAAGGAAUCGCGAGAGAAAGACCUGCUCGUAAUGUUGGAAAGUUCGACAUGGAAAAGGAAGGUGGAGAAAGAGAGAAAGAACUGCAGAGACAAACGAGAGUGGUGAAAGGAAGAAUGGAGAAAGAAAGAGGAAGAGAAAAUGAAGGGAAAAUAGUGGUAGAAAAAGGAAGAGUUGGUGCUGAAAAUGAAGGUGCAGGUGGAACCGCUGUUAUAACAAGCACAUUGGAAAAAGGUGGUGAUACUGAGAAACCAAGAGAAGAGAACGAAGGUAUUGAUGAAGCUGAUCAGAAGAGUGCGAAGGAGACACUGAAAAACAACACAUCAUCACAAACUGAACCAAAUGCGAAGGACGUGACCUUGGAAAAAGGUCAACAAGGCUACAUUGCUGCGGCCAAAGACAGCAUCACGAGUGCGGUGGAAAAAGCUGCGCCGGUGGCGCAGAAGGCGAAAGGGUACACGCUUCAAGCGGCGGAGAAGGCCAAGUGUGCGGGAUGCACGACGGCGAGUUACGUGGGGGAGAAAGCGGUGGAGGGUGGGAAGACAGCGGCGGAGUAUGCCGGAAAGGUUGCAGUGGAUUUGAAGGACAAGGCCGUGGUGGCGGGGUGGGCCGCGGCCCAUUUCUCGACGGAGAAGACGGUGGAGGGGACGAAGGCGGCGGCCCAUGUGAUGGAGGGAGCGGCGGGAUAUGCGGGACAGAAGGCCGCCGAUCUGGCUUCGAAGUCGGCGGGUGCUGUUAAAGGGUUGGCUGCUUCUGCUGGUGAGACUGCUAAGGAUUACACUGCAAGGAAGAAAGAGGAGGCAAAGCGGGAAUUGGAGGCCAAGAAAGCAUUACAAUCUCAGGAAGCGAAAGGUAUUGGCGAAACUGUGAGCGAGCAUGCGCAAGAAGCGAAGCCAAGUGGAGGAGCCUCUCAGCAAGAGGGAACAGGAAGCAACGUGUUGAAUGCAAUAGGCGAAACUGUGAGCAGUGUUGGGGAGAAGGUGAAGAAACCGUUUGAAAACAUGAUGGGAGGAGGAGAAGGAAAAACGGAAAGUGGAGGGCAAGAGCAGAAAAAGAGUGUCAUUGGUGAAACCGCGUCUGAGAUUGGACAGAACAUUAUGAAACCAGCUGAGAGAGUUCAGGAGCAUGGUCAAGAGGCAAAGCAAGAGGAUGGGGUGUUGAGUGCCAUUGGUGAAACCAUCGCUGAGAUUGCUGAAACAGCUAGAGUCAUGGUUGGUGGUGAGGGAGAAAAAGAGUUGAAGCAGAACGUGGGAUCAGACACUCGCGUAACUGAUGAUGCCAAACAUGAAGGCUCACAGAGUGCUCGAGUUUAAGUAAACGCUGUCUUUUAAGGUUUAUGAGGUUUAAGGUUUGGUUAUAUGUCAUGCUUAGUUUGUCUGAGUUCCAUGUUUCGGGUUUGCUCUAUGGACAAAUAAGAAUCUCCUUUUAGAUUAUGAAGAUUUGUAAAAAUGUGUGUUUAUUUAUGGUCGUAAACAAUAUGUGCUUUUCUAAAUUCUA